AAAGGUUGAUUGAUGGGGUGGAGACUCACAUAAAAAGAGAGCUUGCAAGCUAGCUCGGAUUUGAUCAAAGGUAAAACAUACCACUUUCUCUUAGCAAAAAAAAACAUUCCACUUUCUCUUAGCAAAAAAAAACAUUCCACUUUCUUUCCAAUGGAAGCCAAAGCUAGUACCAUGCACUCUCACUGCUUGGAAAUAGCCAUGGAAGCACACAAGGUUGUAACACCACCCCCUAUGAGCACCUUACAGAAGCUGAAGAUCAGACUCAAGGAAACCUUUUUCCCUGAUGACCCUUUGCGCCAAUUCAAAGGCCAACCAACGAAGAAGAAAUUAAUACUUGGAGCUCAGUAUAUCUUUCCUAUUCUUCAAUGGGGUCCUAAUUACAGCCUCAAACUCUUCAAAUCUGACAUUGUUGCUGGUCUCACCAUUGCUAGCUUAGCCAUUCCCCAGGGCAUCAGUUAUGCUAAGCUUGCUAAUCUGCCUCCUAUUGUGGGUCUAUAUUCCAGCUUUGUCCCUCCACUUGUGUAUGCUGUUCUUGGGAGUUCUAGGGACCUAGCAGUAGGACCUGUUUCCAUUGCUUCUCUUAUACUAGGAUCCAUGCUUAGGCAAGAAGUGUCUCCAAGCAAUGACCCCCUCUUGUUUCUUCAACUAGCCUUUUCUUCAACCUUCUUUGCUGGUCUCUUCCAAGCUUCUUUAGGAUUAUUAAGGCUUGGAUUUAUUAUUGACUUUCUUUCGAAAGCUACUCUUAUUGGCUUCAUGGCUGGAGCUGCUAUCAUAGUCUCUCUGCAACAGCUUAAGAGCCUCCUUGGAAUCACUAAUUUCACCAAACAAAUGGGUUUGGUUCCUGUUUUAAGCUCUGUUUUCCACAACAGAAAAGAGUGGUCAUGGCAAACUAUAGUCAUGGGAUUUUGCUUCCUUGUCUUACUAUUAUUGGCAAGACACGUGAGCAUGAAAAGGCCAAAGCUGUUCUGGGUUUCAGCUGGAGCACCACUUGUGUCUGUGAUCGUCUCAACUCUCCUAGUCUUUGCAUCCAAGGCUAAUAAUCAUGGCAUCAGUGUGAUUGGAAAAUUACAAGAAGGAUUGAACCCACCUUCAUGGCACAUGUUGCACUUCCAUGGCAGCCACCUGGGGCUGGUAAUGAAAACCGGGCUUGUCACUGGCAUUUUAUCCCUCACUGAAGGUAUUGCAGUGGGAAGGACUUUUGCUGCUUUAAAGGAUUACCAAGUGGAUGGAAAUAAGGAGAUGAUAGCAAUUGGGUUGAUGAAUGUUGUUGGCUCCUCUACUUCUUGCUACGUUACAACAGGUGCAUUCUCAAGAUCAGCUGUCAAUCACAAUGCAGGAGCAAAAACAGCAGCCUCUAACAUAGUAAUGUCAGUGACAGUUAUGGUGACACUUCUCCUCCUUAUGCCUUUGUUCCAAUACACACCAAAUGUUGUACUGGGUGCAAUCAUAGUCUCGGCAGUAGUUGGUCUCAUUGAUAUCCCAGCUGCCUAUCAAAUUUGGAAGGUUGACAAAUUCGAUUUUAUCGUAUUGUUAUGUGCAUUCUUGGGUGUUAUUUUCAUCUCUGUCCAAGAUGGCCUUGCCUUUGCGGUUGGACUAUCCAUUUUCAAGAUCCUGCUGCAAAUUACAAGGCCAAAAAUAGUGAUGUUGGGGAAUAUACCUGGGACACACAUAUAUCGAAAUCUGCACCAUUACAAGGAAGCUGUAAGAGUCCCUGGAUUCCUCAUUUUAAGCAUUGAAGCUCCCAUCAACUUUGCUAAUAUCACAUAUCUCAAUGAAAGGAUUUUGAGAUGGAUUGAAGAAUUUGAAGCAGAAGAAGAUAGUAAAAAACAGUCAAGCCUCCAAUUUGUGAUUUUGGAAAUGUCAGCUGUGAGUGCUAUAGACACAAGUGGAGUCUCUCUCUUCAAGGCUUUGAGAAAAGCAAUGGAAAAGAAAGGUGUUGAGCUUGUAUUGGUGAAUCCUCUGGGUGAGGUAAUGGAAAAACUCCUGAAGGCAGAUGAAGCUCAGGAUUUCAUGAGACCGGAUAGCCUUUACUUGACAGUUGGAGAGGCUAUAGCUUCACUCUCAUCAACAAUGAAAGAUCAAUCAUCAACCAUGUAAAAUGAAAGGGCACAUACAAAGUAUUGCUUACUAUGAAUUACGUGUUUGACAAGAAACCCUGAUAAAAUUAAUAUUGCAUAUAAAUAAAGCAUUAUAGUUUCCACAUA